AUGGCCUCUUCCGCCUCGGUCUUCCUCGCCGUGGCGGCUCUCCUCGCCGUGGCGUGCUCCGCACAGGGCCCCAGCCCCGCUCCCCUCCGGCCUCCAGCCAUAGCGCCCACGAGGCCCCCCGCCGUCGCCCCGAUCUUUCCACCCCCGCCUCCGACCCCUCCCCCUCCCCCUUCCGUGGCUCCCGCCUCCCCUCCCCCGGCCGUCCCUCCGCCGUCCUCUCCCCCGGCGCGCGCCCCCACCUCCAAUCCCCCAUCGGUGGCUCCCGCCUCGUCCCCUCCCGCUCCGCCUCCGCCGCACUCGAUCGGUUUCCCACCAACCUCACCGCCCGCCUCUCCGCCCACCUCACCGCCGGGCAAUAGCGCCAACUCCGCUGCCGUGAGCUGGAUCGCCGUGGCUGGAGCCCUUGUCGCCGCCGCGGCCGCGCUCUAG